GGAAUCAUUCCUGGACCAGGUCGUGCAUGUGGCGCCUUUUGAAUCCGGGACUCGAGGGCUCGAACACGCAGCUCUUGGGAAGCCCAUAGCGCUGCCCUGAUCCGCCGCCGCCAUGGCUUCCGGGGGAGAAGGUCUGGACGACAUUUCUCCGGACUGGGCGGGGGCCAGCCUGGUGGACCUGACCUCUCCCGAGCUGGCGAAAUCCAACACCUCCACGCUGGACAGCGGGGAGGAUUUCGAAGUCCUGGAUAACGACGAGGAGGAAGAGGAAGGGCGAGACGAGGACCUGAUCGGCCUGCCUCCGCUGGAGGACGUGCCCAGAAACGACGGCCGAGAGACGGCCGCCUCGCAGCCCCCUGCUCCGGAAGACGCGGAGGAGACCCCCGAGUGGGUGGAUGUGUUAGGGAGCGGUUUGCUGAAAAAGAAAGUCAUCGUCGCAGGUCAGGGACCGGAGACCCGGCCGGUUAAGAGCCAGGAUGUCACCGUCCGCCUUAAGACCAUGCUGCAGGGCGGCACGGUGGUCGAGGAGAACCCCAGCCUCACCUUCACGCUGGGGGACUGCGAUGUCAUCCAGGCCUUGCCCAGCUGCGCCCCGAGCAGGUGCUCCCCGCCCAGCAGCGCCAUCCCUCGAGCCGCGCAGCUGAACCCGCGGUAUCCGGCCACCGACGCCCCGGAGCCCACUUCCCACACCGAGCAGCCGCCUCCGGACGACGAGGCCGCCUCGGCCGCCGACACCAGCGCCACCUCCACGGGGCCGCCGGCAGCCGCCAUCUUGGGCCGUCACGCCUCCUCCCUGCGCGCAUGCGCGGCCGCAGGAGGGAGCGCGAGGGAAUCUUCGCCUACUAAAGCCACGCCUCCUCCGGCUCCAGGCGCCGCCCCUUGA